AUGGCUGAGCCCAAGAAGCCUUAUGGCAGCAUUGAGUCCAAAAAGCCCAACGGUGGCGCGGAGAAGCCGCCGGUCAAGACCAACAACUCGGUCAGCCGAGGUUAUGCUUCUGGCACGUCGAUUCCAGGUUCCACAACCGACAGAUUCCCGCUCGUGUGGAUGGUCAAGAUGGACUGUGGCUGGGAUCUGAGUUUGCUUUCUGAAACAACGACCGCACAACCAGCAAUGUUCACCAUUGAGCGCGGCAAAAAUUCAGGGGCCAUCGAAGCCCCCAAGCGAAGCGGCGCACUUGAGCCUACGAAACGGAGCGGAGCUCUUGAACCCCUCAAGAGAAGUGGCGCCCUUGAGCCUCCCAAGAAGAGCGGAUACGGAGACGGCAAGAAGGUCGAUGAGGGCAUUGAGCGACCCCCCGAGAAGACUUGAGCCUGACAGAGACUCCAUCAUGGACCUUCUGGAUAGUAAAACCUGGACGUGUUGUAUUGGCAUGUUCCUGAUGCCGGGGUGUUUCCAAAUGCUCACAUCUCGCUGCUGCAGAGGCAAAGGCAAAACGGCCAACACUGUUUUCGAUGACCUCUUCUGCUUUUAAUUGAGCUUAUCCUUCAUAAAGAGUACUGUCAACUUUGUUGCUGAGAUGCGAUCG